CACAUGUUUUCUGUUUUUAAUUUUAAGGUUAUCUUUGUUUUUUGUAUUUGUUGAUGUUAAUAAGUAAUGCUUUCAAAUAAUAAAUCACAUUAAACCAAUAUUCAUUAAGUAUAUUGUAAAAGUUAUUGAUCACACCGAGUUUUUGUAAAAAUUUUUAGUGCGCUCUUUGAGUAAUGUUUCUUCGCUCAAGUCUUUAACUGUUGUUUUCUCUACUAGUACUGAUUUGUUAGAGCAGAACUGUUGCAAUGUCUUCAAACUUUGUUGAAAACUCUGAACAAUCUAGUGUUAUUUCAAAAGGAAACUAUGUGGUGCUAAACAGAAAAGGUUUCAACAAACUCCAUCUGCUUAAUGAUAAUUCGAUUGUGUUUAUGGGCAAGGAUAAAGUUGAUCUUGAAGCAAUCAUUGGAAAACCUUUUUGGACUACAUUCAAAAUGGUGAAGAAGAAGGAUAAAAAACGUGAGUAUGAACUUUGUGUAUGUGAGAGGAGUGAAAUGAUUGAACUCGAAGAACAGUUAAAAGUAACUGCUAGUGGGGAAGAUAAUAGGAAUAUAUGGGAUGAUGGUAGUUCUCAAAAACUAUCAACAGAGGAAAUAGUAGAGCUGAGGGAUAGUGGAUUAUCGGCUGAUAAGAUUGUUGGUCAUUUGAUUGAAAACAGCAAAACAUUCCAUAACAAAACAGAAUAUUCUCAACAAAAGUAUCUGAAAAAGAAGGGCUCCAAAUAUUUUGAAUUCAUGAUAAUUAAAAAACCAACUUUCAGGUUAUUAUGUGACAUUAUGUUUUCAAAAGACCAAGGAAAAAUUCUGGGACUCAGGAUUGAUAGCAUGUCGCAGAUAUUUACCUCAGUAAAUUUGCAGCCUGAUGGUAAAUACAUAGUUUAUGAGAAUGGUUUACAAGGACUUGUUGCAGCUGGUGUUUUGAACUAUCUUGGUCAAAGCGGACAAUUGAUCCAUGUGAACAUAGGUAAACAUCCUCAGCAGCAUGCAAUAUUAGCUAUGAACUUUAGUGAGACUCAGAGAAAUAGAAUGCAAACAGUAAAGUUGUCUACAUUAAUUAGGAAACUUAAUGGCAAGAAAUCUGAUCAAGCAUCAAAUGUAGUGAUCCUUGAAGAGAAACAAGAAAUGGACUCUUCGACGUCUAAAGUUGAUAUUUCGGAAGCUGUUGUUUUAGAAAAUGCAAUUGAAAAAGAAAGUUGUAGAGCUGAUAUUGAAAAUGGUGUUACAAAUAACAACGAGGUGAGAAGCAUCAAUGUGUUGAAGAGGAAAAAGAGUGACAGUAAUAGCGAAUCAACAGAAUUCAAGAAGCCACGCUGGGAAGAAGAAGCAGAGUCUGUAGCCGACCUUCUCAAGUCCAAAUCGUGUGAUGGUCUUAUUGUAGUAUGUAAGGAGCACCCAGGAAGCAUUGUGAAGAAGUUCCUGUCAUAUCUUGCACCUUCCAGAUCAUUCGUUGUGUUCAGCUUCUAUCGAGAACCUCUUGUUGAACUCUACUGUGAACUGAAAGAAAGGCAUGAUGUUAUCAAUAUGCGUUUGACAGAGACUUGGAUGCGAAAUUAUCAAGUUCUACCUGAUAGAACCCAUCCUGACGUCAUGAUGAGUGGGAAUAGCGGAUUUCUACUGACUGGUAUACUUGUAGAUAACAAGUAACUAACCGUAUCUGUAUUUCAUUUUUGUGUGUUUUGUACGGUUGUUAAAGAUAUUUUUAGUUUGGCAGGGAAUUGAUUGCUUUUAAUAAUUUUGAUACACUUGCAGACUUUGAUUAUUCAGUUCACUCGAAGCAUUUUUUCUUGACAGAAGAGUUAAAAUUUACUAUGUCAUUUGUAGAGCGUUACAAAAUUUUUAACUGGUAGGCUGUAAUUAAUGGUACAGUUUUUAAUAAGUUUCAUUUCCCCUUUAUUAACAAAAGUCUGAAUUUAAUAAUAUUAUCUUAUUAAUCUGUACACAUGCAUAUCUUAUUUUAAAAUGAUUUUUGAACAGUAGGCUAUAAUAAACCUACUUUCUGAUUUAAAAAAA